AUGUACAAAACACUUGAAAGGUACCGCACUUGCAACAACUCACACGAAGCAAACCCUCCACUGGAAAACGAAAUUAGUUACCACGAAUAUUUGAAGCUAAAGACCAGAGUUGAAUUCCUUCAAAGUUCACAAAGAAAUAUUCUCGGUGAAGAUCUGGGUCCACUUAGCAUUAAGGAGCUUGAUCAGAUUGAAAACCAAAUAGAUGUAUCCCUCAAGCAUAUCAGGUCAAGAAAGAGUCAAGAAUUAGCUGACCAGCUAUCUGACCUGAAAAAUAAGGAUCAAAACAAAGACUUGAGAAAGAAGUUGCAAGACAGCAUCCUCGAAAAGAAGGCAGUUCACAUGUCCUGGCAAGAUGGAGGACAAAACAGUGGGCAUGCCAAUGAGCCCUAUCUGGGACUCCUCCAACACCCGGAUCAUGAUUCCACCAUGCAAAUUGGGUAUCAUCAUGCCUACAUGGACCAGCUGAACAACGAAAACAUAGCUUCUCACACGAACCCGAAUGGAGAACCUGGAUCGUCCGCAGGCUGGAUAUGA